CCACCGAGUUCGCAGCGCCGCUCCAGCGACUCCAAAGGUGUGAACAUAACCGAAAUAUGAGUCCGCCCUGGCCGCCUGCAUCUUGCAUGGGACAUUCCUUCACCUUCGCUUCAGAGCACUUUAGUUGAACUAGGGCGCCAGCAUCGGCACAGAUCAUUGUUUGAGGUGGAGAUUCUGGGUGCCUGGGUUCCUUACGGUUUCAGCUUGUAUUUGACUUCUUUCGCUUCUUGCUUCGCUUGCACGGGGACGCCGCGAGGUUGAACACCAUGGCGGCAACGAGCUAUGAGAAGAUGGGAACGUCUGUCAAGGAGGACUCGACGUUUGUGGAUUUGGAGAAUGGAGACAUGCUGUAUCCUGGCAUUGAGGACAAUGAGAUGCGAUGGGGCUUCAUCAGAAAGGUGUACGGCAUCCUGUCGGCCCAGCUCUUGUUCACAUCUGUGGUGGUCGCAGUCAUCAUCUUGAAUGCGCCCGUGCGGGGCUUUGUUAUGACGUCCCAACCCUUCAUCUGGGUUUCCCUUCUGCUGCCCUUCAUCACCAUGAUUCCUUUGUACAUCUACCGCCACCGACAUCCCCAUAACUUGGGCAUCUUGGCACUCUGGACGUUCUCACUGAGCCUGAUGGUCGGCACUACCUGCACCUUUUACUCGGGGGCGCUUGUGCUGGAGGCCCUCCUCCUGACAGGAGCAGUGGUUGUGGGCCUGACAGCCUACACCUUCUACGCCGUGAAGAAGGGUGCAGAUUUCAGCUACCUCGGCCCCAUGCUCUUCUCCAGCCUCAUGGUCCUCAUCAUGUGGGGCUUCAUCCAGUUCUUCUUCGCCCCAGGCCCAAUCGGCUACUUCAUCUACUCUCUGGUGGGCGCCCUCCUGUUCAGUCUAUACAUAGUGUACGAUACGGAUAACCUGAUCAAGCGCUACAGCUACGACGAGUACGUGUGGGCCAGCGUGGGGCUGUACCUGGACAUCAUCAACCUGUUCCUGCGCCUCCUGCAAAUACUCAGGUCGCUACAAGGUGGCAAUAAUUAGAUAAGCCUGAGGCGACGGGCUGGAAAGAGCUCGCUUCACACAGAUUGUACCUGGACAGAAACGUGUAUAUUACGUCUUCAAUACCAUGUCAUCCAAUAUUGAGCCUGGUCCGCUAUGCAGACGCUUUGCUGUCCCUUUUGGACAUAUGACUGACAAAACGUCGUCACCUGUGAUAUACCUUGUACCUUUUCUAGCCGAGUAGAUCGAUCAAGGAACGCCGCGCUAGCUUGUGUGUAGUUGCGUCAUGGUCCUCUCCGCGGAUCCAGACCUCACCGUCAGUGAG